AUGAACGCUGCAACUAAGGUGCUCCUCCUCCCCGAGUUGCUGGAGGCAAUUCUGCUCUAUCUGAAGGAUUACCGGUUUCUCUUCCUUGCUCAACGCGUGUGUUCGCAAUGGCAAGCCGUUAUCAUGCAGUCCCAUAAAAUUCUACAAGUCCUAUGGCUAGUUCCCAGGGAGCAUGAAGAGCCACGUCCAGCCAAGCGUGCAUCCUACACUUGGAAGAGUAAGAAGACCAGUGGUCAGGAGACCUCCAGCAGUAACAACAAGAACCGGAUGGCAAUGGGAGAAUUCGUCGACUACUCGGUAGCGUUUAGUUGCCGCUUCAAAAUUCCGCGCUGGCACUUAGAAAAUAAUCUGCCGAGUGCGUACCGCGACCGUAAUGGGGACAAAUGCUCCUGGGACCUUACCAUUUACGGGCAUGCCGAUACUUAUGGAAUGACACCAAAUUUAUGGGGCGUCAAGACCGGUAGACCAGCCCUGGAAGAUCUCAUUAAAAUGGAGGAUCUGAAAAUACAUAUUCCCGCACAGAACGUCGAAGAAUAUCUGUAG